GCUCUGCGGACUGAGACUGCACAGGGCUGGAGCGCAGGUCGCGGCGGAGCCGUGCUAGUGUCCCCACCCCUCCUGCUGCACUGACCGCUCCCGGACGCUCGGGAGCCCACCCUGCCAAGCCUGCAAGGCAGUUCAUUUCUGCAGCCUCUGCACGAUCUCAGUUGAGAGCCCACGCCUGCUGCUCCUCACGGGUUUGCGAGGAGUCGCGCAGGCAGGGUCUUGCAUCCCGGGUGGUCAGCGCGCUCCUGCUCAGGGUUGCGCUGUGGCGGGGGGAUCCUUCCAGAUCGGGGUCUCUUUGCAAUCCUGUGUGGAGGCUGAGGGAGGCUUCGGAGGCCGGCUGUCCUGCUCCACUGAGCUCUCGCCGGGAGCAUCACACUGGAGAGCCAAAAGCAGUGGAAGAGCCUGACUUGGAGAUUUUCCCGGGGAAACCCUGAGGCCAUUCACUAUGAAGUGUACUGCAGGGGAGUGGCUCAGAGUGAGCACAGUGCUAUUCAUGGCCAGAGCAAUUCCAGCCAUGGUGGUUCCCAAUACCACUUUGCUGGAGAAACUUUUGGAAAAGUAUAUGGAUGAGGAUGGUAAAUGGUGGAUAGCCAAGCAAAGAGGAAAAAGAGCCAUCACAGACAAUGACAUGCAGAGCAUCUUGGACCUCCAUAAUAAACUGAGAAGUCAGGUGUACCCAACAGCGUCUAAUAUGGAGUAUAUGACAUGGGAUGUGGAGCUGGAAAGGUCUGCAGAAUCCUGGGCUGAAACGUGUUUGUGGGAGCACGGACCUGCAAGCCUGCUGCCCUCCAUCGGACAGAAUCUGGGAGCACACUGGGGAAGAUACAGACCCCCAACAUUUCAUGUCCAAGCAUGGUACGACGAAGUGAGAGAUUUCAGCUACCCCUAUGAGCACGAAUGUAACCCGUAUUGCCCAUUCAGAUGCUCCGGCCCCGUCUGUACUCACUACACGCAGGUGGUGUGGGCAACAAGCAGUAGGAUAGGCUGCGCCAUUAAUCUGUGCCACAACAUGAAUAUCUGGGGGCAGAUAUGGCCAAAGGCUGUCUACUUGGUGUGCAAUUAUUCUCCAAAGGGAAACUGGUGGGGCCACGCCCCUUACAAACAUGGAAGGCCUUGUUCUGCUUGCCCACCAAGUUUCGGAGGGGGCUGUAGAGAAAAUCUGUGCUACAAAGAGGGGUCAGACAGGUAUUACACUCCUCGGGAGGAAGAAACAAAUGAAAUUGAACGGCAGCAUGCCGUCCACGACACGCAUGUUAGGACGAGAUCGGACGAUAGUAACAGGAAUGAAGUCAUCAGCACGCAACAGAUGUCCCAGAUUGUUUCUUGUGAAGUAAGAUUGCGAGACCAGUGUAAAGGAACCACGUGUAAUAGGUAUGAGUGCCCUGCUGGCUGUUUGGAUAGUAAAGCUAAAGUCAUUGGCAGUGUACAUUAUGAAAUGCAAUCCAGUAUCUGUAGAGCUGCCAUCCAUUAUGGGAUAAUUGACAAUGAAGGUGGUUGGGUAGAUAUUACUAGACAAGGAAGAAAACAUUAUUUCAUCAAGUCCAACAGAAACGGAGUUCAAACAAUUGGCAAAUAUCAAUCUGCUAAUUCUUUCACAGUCUCUAAAGUAACAGUUCAAGCUGUGACGUGCGAAACUACUGUGGAGCAGCUCUGUCCGUUUCACAAGCCUGCUUCGCACUGCCCAAGAGUCUACUGUCCUCGUAACUGUAUGCAAGCAAACCCACAUUAUGCUCGUGUAAUUGGAUCUCGAGUCUAUUCUGAUCUGUCCAGUAUCUGCAGAGCAGCAGUGCAUGCUGGGGUGGUUCAAAAUCACGGUGGUUAUGUUGAUGUCAUGCCUGUGGACAAAAGAAAGAUGUACACUGCUUCUUUUCAGAAUGGAAUCUUCUCAGAAAGUUUACAGAAUCCUGCAGGAGGAAAGGCAUUCCGGGUAUUUGCAGUCGUGUGAAAUAGAACACUUGGAAGGGGAUUUAAAGACUAUUCCAAAUGCCAUAUUUCUCGUUUGUAUAAAACUGUAACAUUAUUGUACAGAAGAAGGCAACUGUUUUCAGCUCACACACCCCCAGAGUGCAAAAUGCAUGUAAAUCUUCAUAGACAAAGUCUAUAAAAUAAAACAUGGGACGUUAGCUUUGGGGAAAGUAAUGAAUAUGCAACGGUUUUAGAAAUCCUGUGUUAAAUAUUGCUAUAUUUUCUUAGCAGUUAUUUCUACGGUUAAUUACAUAGUCAUGAUUGUUCUACAGUCCAUGUAUUAUAUUAUAUGGUGCUUUGUAUAUGCCACUAAUAAAAUGAAUCUAAACAGUGAAUGUGAAUUUCCCUUACAAAAUUAUCUGGUGCAUUUAAAAGCAUUUGACCUGAAAAUGGAAAGAAACUUUUCAAACCGUGUUUUCACCAGUCCAAUGCUCUGGUGUUCCCUACUCUAAAUCUCAAAUUGCUUUCCCCUUAGCACUGUAGUUUCUCAUCUGUUAAGUUUAGUCAUGUAGAAUAUUAAUCCCUGAUAUUGCACUUGAUAUUUGGUAUAAAACAAUCCUUUCAU